UAGUGCUAGUCCCUAAAUCGACAAAGCAUGGAGUGAGUGCCACUAAUAGGAAAACAUUUCUGAAGGUUGGGAUGUUGGGAGAACCUGCAUUUACCAACUCCCAGCCUCUGUUUCUCUCUCGAGGCUUUUAGGACUGCCACUCUUAUGCUUGCCAUGGAAUUACAGAGAAUUCUAUCCAGUGCAUACCAUGCUGCUCUCCUGCUGCCACUCUCCCUUUUGCUUUGGGGAACAUCAGGCUCUGAAACUGCCAGCAGCUGUUCAUCAUUCCCUUGUGAGAACGGGGGAAGCUGUGAGGAUUUGGAGGGGGGCUACACGUGCCUCUGCCCCCAGCAACCAGUGGCAUACAUGGGCACAAACUGUGAAUUCCUUUACUCUGUGUGUGCUGUGCACAAAUGUCCCCCGAAUUGGAUAUGCAGUGAAACUGCGGGACUCCUGGAUUAUGAAUGCAUCUGUAGGCCUGGCUUUACAGGUACUGAGUGUAGUGUUAACAUUAAUGAGUGCAAGAGCAACCCUUGUAAAGGGCCUCAUUUUGAAUGUGUAGAUAGUGCAAAUGGAUACAUCUGCCAAUGCCAAAUGGGACCAAAUGGAGAAGGCUGCCACACUGAAAUAUCUGUGUGCUCUAGCCACCCCUGCCAAAAUAAUGGGACCUGCAUUGAGGGUGCCGAGAUAUAUACCUGCAGCUGCCAACCUGGUCACACCGGGGCCCAUUGUGAAGAUAACAUUGACGAGUGCGCCUCCACCCCAUGUCAGAAUGGAGCCAUCUGCCUAGACAGGGUGAAUGAGUAUAACUGUUUCUGUGUGCCUGGGUUCCAAGGAUACCACUGUGAAAUAGACAUCAACGAGUGUGCAUCCCGGCCCUGUAAAAACAAUGGCACCUGCCUGAAUGAGAUGGAUCACUAUUUGUGCAAGUGUGUCCCCGGCUAUACAGGUGUAAACUGUGAUGCUGAAAUAGAUGAAUGUGACUCAGACCCUUGCCAGAAUGGGGGCAUGUGCACUGACCAUAUUGGGUUCUACACCUGCACUUGUGCACCAGGUUAUGAGGGAAUCCAGUGUGAGGUGGACAUCAAUGAAUGUGCAAGCCAACCAUGCAUCAAUGGAGGGAUAUGUCAUGACCUUGUUGACAGCUACCAGUGUGAUUGCAGUGACACAGGCUUUGAAGGGGAGCACUGCGAGCUGGAUAUCCUGGAAUGCGCCUCCCAGCCCUGUUUGAACAGUGCUACCUGUCUGGAGGGUGUCAAGAAUUACAGCUGUGCCUGCUGGCCAGGUUACACAGGGCAGCGCUGUGAGGAGGAUGUGGAUGAGUGCGCUACAGACCCUUGUCACAAUGGAGGCAUGUGCUUUGAGCGAUCCAACCAAACCUACUAUGGGACACGACAUGACUUCCCCAGCGAGUUCAGCUAUAGUCAAGCCGCUGGUUUCCUCUGCUGGUGCCAGCCAGGUUUUUCAGGGGAGAACUGCUCUGUUAAUAUUGAUGAAUGUGAGUCUCAGCCAUGUCAGAACGGAGGGUGCUGCACUGAUCUGGUUAACGGCUUCCUUUGCCAUUGUCUACCAGGAUACUCAGGUGUGGAAUGUACUGUCAAUAUCGACGAGUGCAAGGAUGGCCCAUGUGAGAAUGGGGCUACCUGUAAAGAUGCCAUUGCUGACUUCUUCUGUUACUGUGCCCCUAGUCAGGAUGGCAUCAUAUGGGGAGGGAAGAACUGCUCUGUUGAGCUUACUGGGUGCCAGAUGCAUGCUUGCCAAAACGAGGCCUUGUGCAUCCCAACAUACCAAGCUGAGACCCAUGGACACCUUUGCCAAUGCCAGCCUGGUUUCUAUGAUGCCAAAUGCUCAACGCCAACAACAUUUUCCUUCAGUUCCCGGGGCUAUAUCUUCAUUGAUAUGCCCAUGAAUAAUAAUCAGAGCAGGAGGGAUAUGGCAGGGGACUACCUGGCCAUGGUGUCUCUCCGGUUCCGAACCACCUUGCCUGAUGCCAUCCUCUUCUACCGAGGCAAUGAAGCAGAAUAUCUGUUCCUGGAGCUCUCUGAUGGCAUACUGCAUGUGGGGCUGAGGAGAGACGACACUGAAUCCUCUUUGCUCUUGAGGGGGCUGAGGGUUGAUGAUGGCCAGUGGCACAAAGCUGAGGUUCUUCUACAGGACUCUCUACAGUUAAAGCUCUGGCAUAAAGCUUGCGACACAGGAGUCUGCCUGCAGGACUUUCCUACUAGAGAUGGUACCGCUUCUCUUUCACCUGCCUUCCUAAAAACUUACAUUGGGGGAGUUGAUGGAGACUCGACAGCUAACAAUACGUGGAGCCGGGAGAGUUUCAUUGGCUGCCUGGAGGACCUGCAGAUUGAUGAUCAGGCUAUUCUUCCCUUGGAUAUCCCCCACCAUGAAUCCUCCUCAGUGGAGCUGGGCUGCAACAGGACAGAAUGGUGCCACUCCCAGCCCUGUUCUCAGAGAGGCCUGUGUGUAGACCUCUGGGCAACCUUUAGGUGUGACUGCUCUAGGCCUUACGAAGGCGAGACUUGUUCACAUGAGUACCCAGCAGGAACGUUUGGCUUGGAGGAUUCCUCCAGCUUUGCUUCCUUCACAAUUGCUGAUAAUCUUGGUGCAAACUUCAAUGUCUCCUUUUUUAUCCGUACUCUGAAGCCAAGUGGCCUAGUGCUGCAAAUCAGCAAUGGGACUGACCCCUGCCUCACUGUGUAUCUGAAGAGUGGCCAGCUCCAGAUAGCAACACCAUAUGCAAAUGCUGUGACUUUCUCAGAAAACCUGGCUGAUGGAAGGAGAUAUCUGGUAACUCUCACCUUUCAAGGAGGAAGAGUUCAUGCUAGCUAUUCAGACAGAGAUGUGGAGCUAGGGCAGCUGGCAGUGAUGCCUCUUGUAGCUGGUUUUGAGGUGUCUGUCGGUGGACUUCCUCACCAAGACCAUGUGAGCACAUGGGGAGGAUACUUUAAAGGGUGUCUUCAAGAUGUCCAGCUCAACAACCACCAAAUGGAGUUCUUUCCUGCUCAGGCUGAGACCUACAGUCCUCCACAAAAGGUGUACGUGGGACAAACCACUAACCUCGCACUGGGCUGCAUCUCUGAUGACACCUGCAAGUCUGGUCCAUGUCACAAUGGUGGCACAUGCACUAUCACCUGGAAUGACUUCAGUUGCAGUUGUUCAGCAAAUUUUACUGGGAAAACCUGUGAGGAGAGAGUCUGGUGUGCAAGUGACCCUUGUCCCACAGCUACUUCCUGCAUGGAUGUUCCAGCAGGAUACGUAUGUCUGGCUAAUGCAACAUUUCAUGGCAAUGCUGCCAUUGAAUUCACCACCAACGCUUCAGUCACCAGAGCUCUCAACAGCCUCCACCUAGACUUCAAAACCAGGGACGAAGAUGCCAUUUUGCUUUGGGCUACUGAAGAGGUGGACUCCCUCCAAAUUGCCAUUCAGAACUCCACUCUGCUUGUGGAUAUUAGAAGUGGGAACAGCAUUGAGGGGGUCAGUUUCCUGAGUCAGACACCCGUUGCGGAUGGCUCCUGGCACAGGGUCUCUCUGUCUAUGGAAGAACCGUCUGCGCUGUCUUCAAGGUGGCUAGUUCAUUUGGAUGCUUCUGUGAACAUGACUCUCCAGGGGAAUGCUGGGAACUUGAACUUCUUAAAGAACAAUGUGCUGAUUGUACUAGCUGAGAACUUCACAGGCUGUCUUGGCCAUGUGAACAUAGGGGGAGUAUAUCUACCAUUCACUGGCCCGCUCUCUUACCCUCAGACAGAGCAGUUUCUGCAGUCUAGCAGGGGGCAUGUCCAGCUGGGCUGCAUUGGGGCUGAUGUGUGUGCUUCAAGCCCUUGCCUCAAUGCGGGCACUUGUGAGGAUUUGUUUAACUCCUUCCGGUGUGUCUGCAUUGCCGGAUGGGAGGGACCUCUGUGCGAGUCUAACAUAGAUGACUGCAAGUCCAGCCCGUGCAUCCAUGGGGACUGCGUGGACUCAGUGGCAGAUUUUCAGUGUGACUGUUUCCGGGGAUACAUUGGGAAGAAGUGUAACAUCAAUGUGGACGAUUGCAUCCGACACCAGUGCUUAAAUGGAGGGACGUGUGUCGAUGGGGUUUACAGCUACUCCUGCAAGUGCCCAGCUCAGUACUCAGGACCUCGCUGCGAAUGGCCGUUCCCACCUCAACAGUGCGGCAAAAACUUCACCUGUCUGAAUGGAGGCAAAUGUACCAGUGAGACAUGGGGAGCCAACUGCACCUGCAAGCCGGGCUUCACCGGAAGGAAAUGUCAAAUUAACAUCAAUGAGUGUGAUCCAAACCCGUGCCAGAAUGGAGGGACAUGCCAGGACUCUGUGAACAAGUACGAGUGUGUGUGCAGUGCCAGCUACACCGGAGAGCGCUGUGAUGUUGAUCACCCUGUGAGUAAAGUCAGUAACACCGUGUUCCACCACAGCAGCCAGCAUGGGCGCAUCAUAGCAACUCCUCAUUUGUGGGAGCAGUCGGGGCUGCAGGGGCUACCCUGCUCCUUGCACUUGUUGCAGCCUCUGCGAUUGCCAUGAAGAAAAGGAGAGCAACUCAGGGAACAUACAGUCCCAGCCGCCAGGAGAAAGACGGGGCACGAGUCGAGCUGUGGAACGUGAUCAAGCUGCCGCCAACAGAGAGGCUGAUAUGAGCACUAGGUAUGAUCAGGGGCUGCAGUUUUCAGCCAUUACAGUUGCUAGAAGUUAAAGUCAGAGAUGCUCUUUGUGAGGCAAUGCCAUUCACCACUUGGUUUCUCCACAGGAUGGGGCAGCUGCCCAUUCACUGUUGACUGGCACUAAUUAACCUUGUUUUGGGCUUUGUUAUUGCAGCAUAACCCUGGUGAAAACAGCUCAGCCAGAAAGGGUGGGGGAACAAAGGAAAGUUUUUGAGGGCAGUUAUUGCUUGAGCUGUUUGUAUACAAAAACAUAACACAGCCUACGCUGAUUAGGAAAAGAGAGGGGGCAGAGCCCACCUGUACAAUAUCUCUCCCUUUGGUUCAAGUCAGCAGUACUUCUCACUGCCAUGAAAUCAGCACGAACUUUAUGUUGUACAUUAGUAGAUGGCAAACAGCAGAAAGAAGACAGUUCAGGGAAGCCUAGUUAACAGAAUAAGCAUUUAAUUUCUUCACUUAAUGCAGAGUGCAAUUCCAAGAAAUCCACCAGUGCAGGGGGAAGGAAUCCCCUUUCCCUAUCCUGCAAGGACAGGGCGAUUGACCACACCUGGAAGACACUUUCCAUAGAUCCAUCCUUCCAGGGACUAGAUUAGAAUCACCACUUAGACUGAAAAUUAAAAUGUGUUUGUUUGUUAGACACCUGAUGGUUCUACGACUAAACUGCUGGAAUAUUUUAAGUGCCUUGUUGAGAAUGAAUCACCAGUUACAGUAUUAACUUUUUCAAACAGAAUGUUUAGGUAGAGAAAAACUGAUCACUUAUUUGAUCAGAAUUUACAGUGAGGAGGGUCUUAGUGGCCUGGAUACUGGGUUUUCAAAACUAUUUCAUAGCUGUAGCAUCUGCCACCUACACACAAUCAGCUGGAGUAAAACUCCUGAGUAAGAAAUAUGGAUUGGAUUUAGUUUGUAGAAGUGCAGAGAGCAGCCCCACUAGGUUUUCAGGGAGUUGUGUACUCGGGUGAAAUUCACUGGUGUGCAGAGGGCCAGCACUUACAAUGGGGUUUGGGGCUGGCCCUUUACAUAGGGGUGAAUUUCACCCCCAUGUAAGAAAUGUGUUGAACUAUGCAUUAACUAUAUAAUUAAGUGUUCUACUGAUUUGUAAAAUAUUACACUGAUUUUUCUCAUCCUAAUUUCCCUGAGAAGGACAUACUAUUUCCUGCGUGUCUCCAUUCCACCUUUUUAUAGCUGCCGCAUGCAGUAUUCCCUGACCACCACAGUGUGUCAGACACUAUGCAAACACCUGCUACAGCACAUGCCAACUGAGGUCUAAAAUCAUUAGCAUAUCAUCAUAAUUAUUACAAAGACCAGUGAGAAAUAUUUUACAAAACAGUGUCUGCUCAUAUCUACAGCGUACUCCUUAAUAAGCAGAGGUGUGAAUCCACACACACAUCACAGCAGACUGCCUUUGGAAGGAAAUCCUCUAUACCAUUCUGGUGUUUGAAAGUAUUAUUCUAUUUACUGUUGCUGUAAAUAGUUCUGAAAUUCUAAUAAAGGGAACAAGUCUAAAACUAGAGAUUCAGCCAGUCCUCUUCAGGGCAAGUCCCCUUUGCACAAAUAAAUGUUUGAAUGAAGACCAUUUAUUUUGAAAACAACUUUCACUUGUAAUGUGACAUUUAUCUGAAUUUUUGCGCAUAGGAUUACGAUACAAAGUUGCCAUUCCCCUAAUAUUGAUAGAGGAGAAGCAAGGGGUGACCAUUCAAGGGUAGGGAGUUGUGAAUAUCUUUGCGGAAGAGAUGAUCUAAAUCAUGGGUUCUCAAAUGGGAGUUGGGACCCCUCAGGGGGUCCUGAGCUGUCAGCCUCCACCCCAAACCCCGCUUUGCACAUCCAGCAUUUAUAAUGGUGUUAAAUUUAUAAAAAGUGUUUUUAAUUUGUAUGCGGGGGUUGCACUCAGAGGCUUGUUAUUUGAAAGGGGUCAUCAGUACAAAAGUUUGAGAACCACUGAUUUACAUUUCAGUACAUGUAGACUGCCAUAGAUUUAUUAUUUAGUAUUAAUGCUGAUGUAAUUUAGCUUUAAACCCAGUGAUCUGUUCUAUCUGUUAGUUCUCCAGUUGUUUUCUACUGAGGUUUAACUCAACACUGCUGCUUCCAGAUCCUCUAGCAAUAGGACACUGUCUGUGCUAUUCACCCAGCUGCUGCAGGGAGACCAGAUGAAGUGCAAAUUCUGAAACUGUGUUUGUGGCCAGCAGCAUUUGAGAAAUUGUGGGGGAAACAGGUCCUACAAGACAGGCACUACACAGCUGAGCUGGUUACUGGGACUCUUUGGGAAAGGGGAUGAAUCCACCUCCUACUGUUCCUGCUUCCAGGCUGGAUUAGCUUGCCAUGUCCAGGAGACCCUUCUCACCAGAAGACAAUGAUAGUGGGCCUGUCUCCCUGGAGGUAUAACCUUGAUGAACUAUGGCCGAAGCAUUCCAGGGAAUGAGGUGGAAUUGCGCCCUAGCCUUACCUCAGGAGACUUUGGAUAAAACCUUCAUUUAGGUCCCAGGUGAAAUGAAUUUGAGUUCAUCCCAUGAAGGCACAUCCUAAAUCCACAGCAGGCGUAAUUACGAUUCUUGAAUCCCCAGAAACCCAGACUAGAAUAGGAAGAGGUUGCUGCACAUCUGCACUCAGGUGCAGUUGGAAACUUGUACCUUUCUUCUUCAGUUGCACUUUGUAGUUUAAAAACAUACGUUGUAUAAAUUCAAAAAACAAAUGCAGCAACAAGCCCUAAAACCACUGCUAUUCUGAGAUAAGAAAUGGAUUUGUGUUACACAAAAUGACUAUUACAAAGCUACUGAACUAUCCCUAAAGGUGAUAAGAAGCUAUGAAACAAACAGUAGGGUAAGACAGGAGACCUAAAAACCAGCCGGAAGGUAAACUGAAAGCAAGAGGUGCAUCUACACCCCACUUCUCUUCUUAGGUAAUCCCAAUUUCUUUACAAGGUUAUCAAAGCAGGUGUAAGCCUGACAUCAAGUAUUCCAAAACCACAACUAGCGAAAGGAUACAAGACCAUGACAAAGUAUUUUUAACAUUUCUGCUAUUUAAUUUAUGGAGCAUUUUUUCCACUGUGAAUUUAAUUUUCUUUUGAUAUUUAAUUUUUGAAUAUAUUUUUUCACAAACCAAUUUGCUACAGAUGAUGUUCCUCAAAGACAGUUGAUUUUUUUGUAAAUGUAAAUUGCAUAGAUGUGUAAAGAUUAGACUGUCUCUCAGAUAAAUUUAUUUACAAUAAAAGCUGGUUAAAAAUGCAUCUGAGCCUUGUCUCUGGUAGUAUCUUUAGCUGAUAAUGAACACAACUGGGGCUUGUAGGCAUUACAAUCAUGCAAAUAAUAAAAACAUCAGCACAAACUUGGCUCAUAGACUAUAUGGUAACUUACUUACAAGCUUAGAUGUACUGUAAUACAAGCUUUCAAUGGGUGAAAUGAGAGCAAACAGCGUCACUGCUGGCUGAAGGACUUGCUCACCAUUAAUUUACUUUAUUCCCUCUAGAAGAGGGAGCAGAGAGGACACAGCCAGCCAUGAAACCAGGAGAAAAGGUGAUAUCUCCUACCAGCCUUUGAGGUCUUAAUCAGGACAGAUUUUAGUGACAGCCUCUCAUGGAGUAGAAAUGAGGGACACUAUGUGACAGAGGUGGGUGGCUUUGGGGGAGGAGUACAGAGGGUGGCAGCUAUAGGGGAGUACGCAUGAAAGGAUGGUUCUGCCCUGCCACCACUAGAAUGUGUGGUUUUAGGAAGGCUGAGUGGUUAGAUCCAGGAGCCUUCACUUCAAAGACCAAUGGCCUGAUUUUCAGAGAGAACUGUUCUCCACCUUUACUGUGCCUCUGUGAAAUCUGUAUUAAAACAUUAUAAAUACUUUCUCAAAAAAUACUUUCUGGCACACAGUUAACUCAGCACAGUGGCUGUAUCCCCCUGUACCGCUAUCCCUUUCUCUGAGGGAGGUUAGUCUCCAUGGAAGGUUGCCUUCUAACAGCUGGACUCUUGUUGUCUGGGACAUCAAUUAAACUAGAGACCAGGCUUGUGACUGGGAGUGACUGUCAAUUGUGCCACAUAAGCAGAAGCUCAUGUUUCCACUUAUAUGUCAGCAGUGCCACCUGAGCAGAAGUUUAACUGUGUCCCAGACAGCAUAAUCCCAUUCAAGCUUGUGAUCUCCACUGGCCAGUGUGGGGUGAUACUUCUGCCACAGCUGCAGGAUAAGCUGUGAAGCUUUUCCCCACAUGAGAAUAUUGAACUUGCAGUACGGAAGGAGCUCAGCUCCAACUCUGCUAAACCUCACUUUCCUGGGAGAGUGUAAAGCUACAGAGUACAGAAGCAGCAGUAGCAGAGAUUAGAAUUCAUAAGUACAAUAGUUGGAUGUGGAUUUAGGAAUGACUAUGCUUAGUACAGGGAGUGCUAAACAAUGUAAAUACGUAACACAAGAAAAACUGCUAACCUACAGAGCAGUGCCAGCACAUAUGAACCUGAGGUCUUCCACUAAAUAAAUAAGGAAAACACAUCAGUUAGUAGUGAUGGGGUUUGGGCAGAUCAGGCCACAGUGACAUGCUUGGUGGAUAUGCCCAAUAGGCUGGAGUGAAGAAACACGAUCACCUAGAUGCCAAAGUAUUUGAUGCAUUAAAAUUAAGAAUUUCAUGGAGCACAGUCUUCUAGUCAGAGUGCCUGAUAUCUUUCUAAAACAGAAGUGAGACAAGGCCAGGUAUGGAUUUGACUUUCAGAAGAUUGGAAAGAUCUAACUUCUAUGAUCCAAAGAAAUCACACUCGGGAAAUGCACUUAUUUAGCUGCCAACCAUAUAGGUGCAAAAUGCUGGAAAACCUCUUUAAAUUAUUGGAGUAAAUUCACAUACCACACUCAACAGAACAGAUGGCAUAUUCCAAGAGACCUAGGCCUAUUCUCUAAUUCUGUGCUGCCAGUAUGGAAUAGAAGAUACUCUAAGGUGGAUAAGAAGACUUACACGGUAAGAGAAAAAUCUCCAAAGCUGGUUUACAAGGGCUGAACUCAAUGUAAUCUAUUGUUCAAACAUGCAAUCUGACUGGAGCUUUUUUAUAACAUUACAUCCAUC